UGACUCAUUACAAAGAUUUGACUCAAGCGAACGAUUCCGACAUCGCCGGGGCUGAGCUUGAGCUCUCAAUCAAAUCCCAUAGACGAGGAGUAGGAAGCUCUGUGGAGACAUGUAAGAUGGCAGAGCUGCAGAUGUUACUAGAGGAAGAAAUUCCAGCCGGUAAACGAGCGCUCGUGGAGAGUUAUCAGAACCUCACGAGGGUCGCGGACUACUGCGAGAAUAAUUAUGUUCAGGCACAGGAUAAGAGGAAAGCCUUGGAGGAGACCAAAGCCUAUACCACCCAGUCUCUGGCAAGCGUGGCCUAUCAGAUCAAUGCCUUAGCCAACAAUGUCCUGCAGUUGUUGGAUAUCCAGGCCUCGCAGCUGCGCAGGAUGGAGUCCUCCAUCAACCACAUAUCUCAGACCGUGGACAUCCAUAAAGAAAAAGUGGCCCGGCGAGAGAUCGGCAUCCUGACGACGAAUAAAAACACAUCGAGGACUCAUAAGAUCAUCGCUCCGGCCAACGUGGAGCGACCGGUGAGGUACAUCAGGAAGCCCAUCGACUACACAGUACUGGAUGAUGUGGGCCACGGGGUAAAGUGGCUUAAGGCCAAGCAACACGGCAACAAUCAGUCAAUCAGAGGAGGAACUCUCUCCAGGACCAAUCCCCCAACACAGAAACCUCCCAGCCCACCCUUGGCAGGACGAGGCACUCUUGGGCGUAACACUCCUUAUAAAACACUUGAGCCGGUGAAACCUCCAACGGUGCCCAACGAUUACAUGACAAGUCCAGCUCGCUUGGGCAGCCAACACAGUCCAGGACGCACUGCAUCUCUCAACCAGAGACCGAGAACCCACAGUGGCAGCAGCGGGGGCAGCGGCAGCCGAGAGAACAGUGGCGGCAGCAGCAUUGGCAUUCCCAUCGCCGUUCCCACUCCCUCCAUUCCCAACUCAGUCCCAGUCACACCCUCAUGGGCCGCUCCCCCUGGGGCUCCUCCCCCAGCCCCUCCUCCUCCUCCACCCCCCCUUCCUGGCCAGGGCCCACCAAUGCCAGCUGCGUCUAUAGCCGUGGCCGCUGGGCCAGGUCUUGGUCCCAUCCCCAUGUCGCAGUUCGGCACGAUAUCUCGACAGAUCUCCCGACACAACUCCACCACCUCCUCCGUCUCCAUGGUUUCUGCCACGGGCACGUACCGCCGAGCGCCGUCCGUCUCUUCCCAGUUCUCCCUGCAGCAGCCGCACGUUAACGGGGGCACAAUCGCAAUGUCUAUGGCCCCCCCUCCUCCACCCAUGCCUCAGCUCACACCACAGAUCCCGCUCACAGGGUUUGUGGCCAGAGUACAGGAAAACAUUGCAGAUACCCCGACUCCCCCUCCCCCUUCCCCUGAUGACAUGCCCAUGUUUGAGGAGGCUCCGCCUCCGCCUCCGCCACCGCCGGUCGACUAUGAAGAUGAAGAGGCAGCUGUAGUGCAAUACAGUGACCCCUAUGCAGAUGGAGACCCUCAGUGGGCCCCCAAGUCCUACAUUGAGAAAGUGGUGGCCAUCUACGACUACACCAAGGAUAAGGACGAUGAACUGACCUUCAUGGAAGGAGCCAUCAUCUACAUCAUCAAGAAGAACGACGACGGCUGGUUCGAGGGCGUGAUCAACGGCGUCACCGGUCUGUUUCCAGGAAACUACGUGGAGUCCAUCAUGCACUACGCCGACUGAAGACACCGGACCUCAGAUGAACCCCCAAGCAGUCGGAUCUUGACCACGGUAAAGAGCGCGCACAAGCACGCGGCGCAACGUUUCUUCCAAAACGGCCGAGCGUGGAAACCAAUGAACUUUUGUGGUGAUGGGUGGAGGCGGGCAAUCGGGAUGACCAACUAUUCGGAGGAAGUCGGUGUACAUAAAAGGAAAGCUAGCCUGUGGGUGUCUAGUGAAUGUCAAUCAACACGUGAACAUGUAAAGUAGAUGAUUGUCUCUGCUUUUAUGACAAUUUUCAACUAAAAGUCAACCGUUUAUUUGAUUUUCCUUAUCUACGUUCAUAUUUGUCUGGGCAUUUUGGAUGAAGAAAAGAAUCACUCAUCUUAACUAAUUCAUUUUAGUGUUUUAUCUUAAAGCGCCACGCCAUUGCCCCAAAGUGUAUCAGAAUCUUAACGUAAAGCAUGCAUACAAAAUUGAAAUAUGUAUCGUAACUUAAACGUUCAAUUCCAUUCUGCUUUCAUCUUUGUAUUAUUUACAGUACACCUUUUUUUAAUAAGCAUUUGUAGACUACUUAUUUUUAAGCUUAUUUUUUUCUUUUUGGGGGUAAUAAAUGCAAAGCACAGAACUUUUUUUUUUUUCCCCAAAGAUUAAAAUUCUCUCCCUCCAUUUUAAUAAUUUUUUUAGUUAAAGCCACUAUAACGAAAGUAUUUGCUACAAUGAACAAACAUGAAUUCUGUGUAGAUAGCUUUAAUAUUUAGUCUGUAAAGUAUCUCAUGUAUCUAAAGGUCUCUAAUCAUCAAUACAAAUCACAAUUCUUACAAUGCUGGACUCAUUUUUUUUUGUGACGUUAUUUUAGAGUACCAGUGCUGUGGCUGGUGCAUUGAACAGUGAACACCAGAAUCACAGUCUUGAGAUCUGAACCAGUUACUCAACUCAGGUCUGGCAUUAAUUCCGCUUUUUUUUUUUUUCAUCCAUUUCCAUUCUUUGAGCUGAUUUUGGAGUCAUACUGUCUGACAACUGAUUACAGAGACUUCAUUCAUCUUCAUCUGACCGUUUUCAGUCAUUUAAGGUGUUCAAAGCUAAUGCCUUGACUUUUUUUUUUUUGUCAUACUGAAAUAUUUGAAGUGUUCCAACAGAAUUCCAUCUGCGCUGAAUCUCGUGUCAGCUCAGAAUUUGUAUUUAUAAUAUGUUAAUUGAAAUUUAAUUGUACAGUCUUUUAUAAUAAAUAAUUCUAUGUAAA